AUGAACAUUCGCGAAGCAACAAUCGAUGACCUGCUGGGCAUGCAGAACUGCAACCUGCACAAUCUGCCGGAGAACUACACACUACGAUACUAUCUCUACCAUGCUUUGACCUGGCCUCAGCUCUCCUACGUUGCCGAGGACGAAAAGGGAAGGGUCGUCGGAUACAUUCUCGGCAAGAUGGAGGAAGAACCAGCGGAGGGCAUCCCUCACGGACACGUGACAAGCAUCAGUGUGCUUCGAUCAUAUCGUCGACUUGGUUUGGCCAACAAGCUCAUGAAGCAGAGUCAGGAGGCGAUGCGAGAUGUAUUCGGCGCCAAGUUUGUCUCUUUACAUGUCCGACAGACGAACCGUGCUGCGAUCGGACUGUAUCGCGAUACGCUCGGCUUCCAGGUUCACGGCGUGGAAAAGGCUUACUACGCCGACGGAGAGGAUGCUCUUCACAUGCGACUCGACCUCUGA